AUGGAGGGAUCAAAACAGAGUUCUCACUUCCGUCUCCUAGACCUUCCCCUCGAACUACGUCGAGAAAUAUACUACUGCUGUCUGCCUCGAAGGCGUCUGGUCAUUCUACCAUCGACAGCCGACGGCAAGCCGCAAUUUAGCUACCCGCAGCAACAUUCUGACCAACAGAUUUCAAGCCACGGAAACAAUAUCCUUCUUCUUUCCAAACAAGUAAGCGAGGAGUGUCUUGACAUUCUCUAUGGCGAAAACAGGUUCCGUCUGAAUUUCAGUGCCACUGUCCGUUAUGCGCCUCAGACAAUUCAGGAGACCACCGAACCGCAUCUUAUAACCCAGCAUAUCACGCCCGAAAAUCGUAACAGAAUCCGUUCUCUGCUGAUUUUAGCGUUGCCAACGGCGUGGCGUCAGGAUAUGGCAAUUUGCACUGGCUUGAAAUCUGUGCCUGAGAAGCUCAACUGUUUUCAUAUUUUCACCCGGAAAAGACAGGUUACGGGCAACGACACCGAACAGGUGAUAGUUGAGCGUUUUCAUCAAUUUGUGGAAUUUAUGUGUAGCCGCAUAACUCCUCGAGCUACGGUGCAACUUUCGGAUUUCGUGUCUAAGAAUGGUAAGCCUCGGGGAGGUAUGCGUCUAAGCAUAGUAAGUGCUAGCAAUAGCCCGAGUGUGAGCUACUAUGCAGUGUGA